AUGUCGCCUGAUGAUAAGGCGUUGCCUGUGUAUACCCCGCCCCCUCGACCACCCCCAAGGCAACAGUCUACAAGAUUUCGACGCCUGCUGGCCACGCUAUUGCUCUCGGCACUGGCUCUCUCCCUUUCAGCUUACAACAUAUGGACCACAGAGCAGGACAGGACACUGGCGAAGCCCCCCCUUCGCGCAAAGGAAAUCUUGGAUCAGUGCCGCUCACUAGAGCUAGAACCUGGUCCUCCACCAGACUUUCACCUUCGAAAAGCUUCUGACAGAUUUGUCCCCGGUACGAAAGCGGUCCUUAUCAAGAACGCGACAAUUUGGACUGGAGAGAUUAGUGGAUACGAAGUUGUCAAAGGGGACUUGCUGCUGGACAAAGGCCUGAUACAAGCUAUUGGAGACGUUGGCGAAGAUAUUAUACUGAAGUAUCAGGAAUUGGAGACCGUAGACGUUGCGGGGAGCUGGGUUACGCCUGGAAUUGUAGACCUACACUCUCAUCUGGGUGUUCUCAGUUCGCCGAGCUUGCGAGGAAGUUCAGAUGGAAAUUCUCGCAAGGGCCUCGUCCAGCCUUGGCUUAGAAGUCUGGACGGACUCAACACGCACGAUGAGGCUUACCAACUGACCAUCUCUGGAGGCGUCACUACCGUCAAUGUGCUUCCUGGAUCCGCUAAUUCAAUCGGGGGACAAGCAUUCACAAUCAAGCUUCGGCCUACGAAAGAGAGAUCCGCCUCUUCGAUGUUGUUAGAGCCUCCGUUCACGUUGAAUGGUACGGAAUUUGAUCCCUCGGUACCGCCUCGUUGGAGGCAGAUGAAACACGCAUGUGGUGAAAAUCCAAGCAGAGUCUACAGUGAUACGCGCAUGGACACCAUCUGGGCACUUCGACAAGGUUACGAGACGGCUCGUAAGAUCAAGGUCUCCCAGGACGAAUUCUGUGCCAAAGCUCAAGCUGGCCUUUGGAAUGAAAUUGGAGACUUCCCGGAGGAUUUACAGUGGGAAGCUCUGGUGGAUGUCCUUCGUGGACGCGUUAAGGUUCAAAAUCACUGCUACGAGGCUGUCGAUCUCGAUGGUAUAGUCAGGCUCACGAAUGAGUUCAAAUUCCCACUCGCGGCGUUUCACCAUGCCCAUGAAACAUACUUAGUCCCCGAUCUCCUGAAGAAAGCAUAUGGCCAUCCUCCCGCGGUUGCCAUAUUCGCUACUAACGGGAGAUACAAGCGAGAGGCCUACCGUGGCUCUGAGUUCGCUGCACGCAUCCUGGCCGACAAUGGCCUGAAUGUAGUAAUGAAGAGUGAUCACCCAGUAUUGGAUUCCAGAUAUCUUGUCUACGAAGCGCAGCAAGCCCAUUAUUAUGGCUUACCGAGGAAUUUAGCUUUAGCCUCCGUGACCACAACGCCUGCAACCACUAUGGGGAUGGACCAUAGAAUAGGUUUCAUUAAAUCAGGAUAUGACGCAGAUGUUGUUGUUUGGGAUAGCCAUCCACUUGCCCUCGGCGCAACUCCGAAACAAGUUUACAUCGAUGGUAUUCCUCAGUUAGACGACCCACAAACAUUGGAGAAGCCCCCUUCCUUCCAGUCAGCCCCUGAGACUCCUAACUUCGACAAAGAAGCAGCAGACGCCAUCAAGUACGAGGGUCUUCCACCUUUAGUGCCUUCGAAGGCGAAGUCCGACGUCGUCAUAUUCUCUAAUGUCAGUAGUCUCUUCGUUAAGAGCUCAGGUACUAUCAAACAAGUCUUUGGUACAUCUGCCUUCGGAGAACGCGGUGUCGCUGUUGUCAAAGGCGGCAAACUCAUCUGCGGCGGAGCUUCCAGCAGUUGCCAGAAGAGCAUCCAGGCCUUCGGUCAGAGUAGCGAGACCAUUGACAUCGAAGGUGGUUCCAUUGCCCCGGGUUUGCUAACAUUUGGGUCCCCACUUGGUUUACGAGAGAUAGCAGGUGAAGCAACCACGUCUGAUGGUGUCGUUGGGGACCCCCUGGGUUCCGGGCUUCCUUCUCUUGUCGGUGGCGAAGGUGCAAUCAUUAGAGCUGUUGAUGGUCUUCAAUUCUCCACUCGAGAUGCACUAAUUGCCUAUCGAUCUGGUGUAACUAGCGCCGUUGUUUCUCCUUUGUCGUCUGGCUUCUUGUCUGGUCUCGGGGUGGCCUUCUCCGUCGGAGCUUCACAUGCGCUAGAAAGCGGAGCGAUUCAGAAGCCCAUCACUGCACUUCAUGUCGCCAUCACUCAUGCGUCCUCCGUGAGCGUUAGCACCCAAAUUGCUGCCUUGCGCCGCUUGUUACUCGGCAAGGCUCCUGGCGAGUUGGGUGAGCGAGCGAAGGCGGUAGUGAGGGGAGACCUUCCACUAGUCGUGGUUGUGGAUAGCGCUGAUGCUAUGGCUUCUUUGAUAAAACUCAAGGCCGAAGUCGAAGCACAAACUGAAAUCCCAAUUCGCUUGACAUUCUCUGGUGCGAAUGAGGCUCACCUCAUCGCCGAAGAAAUUGCAGCAGCAAACAUCGGAGUGGUUCUUGUACAAUACCGACCGUUCCCUUCAACAUGGGAGAAAAAGCGCAUCCUCCCUGGACCACCUUUAAGUAAAUUGACUUCCGUCACCACUCUGCUUGCAGCCAAUGUCACCGUGGGUGUCGGUGUGGAAGAAGCAUGGAAUGCACGUAACACUCGAUUUGAGAUUGGUUGGGCAAACCUGGAUGCUCAGGGAGAUCUGACCAAAGCGGACGCCAUUGCCCUUGGAUCUGUUAAUCUCGAGAAGCUAUUGGGUAUCGACGAAGACAGCGCUAACAACGAUCUAGUGGUUACAAAGGCUGGAUCCAUUACGGAUUUCGAGGCGAAGGUAGUUGGUAUCGUCUCCGCCAGCAAAGACGCGGUAUAUCUUCUUUAA